AUGCCCUUAACACCCUCUCAGGUUUCCCUGACAGAUCCGCCUUUCUCCGGUCUGACCCCAACCCAAGCCGACGAACGUCUGGUUCGGUUGAACAAGUUGAACAAGUUGAACAGGUUGAAUAGGUUAAACAAGUUGAACAGGUUGAACAGGUUGAACAAGCUGAACAAGUUGAACAGGUUGAACAAGUUGAACAGGUUGAACAAGUUAAACAAGUUGAACAGGUUGAACAGGUUGAACAAGUUGAACAGGUUGAACAAGUUGAACAGGUUGAACAGGUUGAACAGGUUGAACAAGCUGAACAAGUUGAACAGGUUGAACAAGUUGAACAGGUUGAACAAGUUGAACAAGUUGAACAGGUUGAACAAGUUGAACAAGUUGAACAGGUUGAACAAGUUGAAAUGGUUUAACAAGCUGAACAAGUUGAACAAGUUGAACAGGUUGAACAAGUUGAACAGGUUGAACAGGUUGAACAAGUUGAACAGGUUGAACAAGUUAAACAAGUUGAACAGGUUGAACAGGUUGAACAGGUUGAACAAGCUGAACAAGUUGAACAGGUUGAACAAGUUGAACAGGUUGAACAAGUUGAACAAGUUGAACAGGUUGAACAAGUUGAACAAGUUGAACAGGUUGAACAAGUUGAAAUGGUUGAACAAGUUGAACAAGUUGAACAAGUUGAACAAGUUGAACAAGCUGAACAAGUUGAAAUGGUUGAACAAGCUGAACAAGUUGAACAAGUUGAACAGGUUGAACAAGUUGAACAAGUUGAACAGGUUGAACAAGUUGAACAGGUUGAACAAGUUAAACAAGUUGAACAGGUUGAACAGGUUGAACAAGUUGAACAGGUUGAACAAGUUGAACAGGUUGAACAGGUUGAACAGGUUGAACAGGUUGAACAAGCUGAACAAGUUGAACAGGUUGAACAAGUUGAACAGGUUGAACAAGUUGAACAAGUUGAACAGGUUGAACAAGUUGAACAAGUUGAACAGGUUGAACAAGUUGAAAUGGUUGAACAAGCUGAACAAGUUGAACAAGUUGAACAAGUUGAACAAGCUGAACAAGUUGAACAGGUUGAACAAGUUGAACAGGUUGAACAAGUUGAACAGGUUGAACAAGUUGAACAGGUUGAACAGGUUGAACAAGUUGAACAAGUUGAACAGGUUGAACAAGUUGAACAGGUUGAACAGGUUGAACAGGUUGAACAGGUUGAACAAGUUGAACAGGUUGAACAAGUUGAACAAGUUGAACAGGUUGAACAAGUUGAACAAAUGGAGGAAUAGAAACGGAACAGUGUUUAUAGUGUUCAUGAAGAUUAAAUUAAAUUAA